GAAGCAACUCCAGACCCCCUGAAAUAACUUCUAGACAAGAAGCCAGGCAGGCUGAUUCUGUCCCUCUCACACACACUGCCCUAGGGCUCCACAUCUCCCUUUGGAAAGGACACCAUGAGCACUGAAAGCAUGAUCCAGGACGUGGAACUGGCAGAGGAGGCACUCCCCAAGAAGGCGGGGGGCCCCCAGGGCUCCAGACGGUGCUUGUGCCUCAGCCUCUUCUCCUUCCUGCUUGUGGCAGGAGCCACCACGCUUUUCUGCCUGCUUCACUUCGGGGUGAUCGGCCCCCAGAGGGAAGAGCAGUUCGGGAAUAGCCUUCCUUUCAACAGCCACCUGGCCCAGACCCUCACACUCAGAUCAUCAUCGCAAAAUGCAAGUGACAAGCCUGUAGCCCAUGUUGUAGCAAACCACCAAGUGGAGGAGCAGCUGCAGUGGCUGAGCCGGCGUGCCAAUGCUCUCCUUGCAAAUGGCAUGGAGCUGAUAGACAACCAGCUGGUUGUGCCAGCAGACGGACUGUACCUCAUCUACUCCCAGGUCCUUUUCAAAGGCCAAGGCUGUCCCUCCUAUGUACUUCUCACCCAUACAGUGAGCCGCUUCGCCGUCUCCUAUCGGGAAAACGUUAACCUCCUCUCUGCCAUCAAGAGCCCCUGCCAGAAGGAGACCCCAGAGGGGGCUGAGCUCAAGCCCUGGUAUGAGCCCAUCUACCUGGGGGGGGUCUUCCAGCUGGAGAAGGGUGACCGACUCAGUGCGGAAGUCAAUCUGCCCAGCUAUCUAGACUUUGCUGAGUCUGGGCAGGUCUACUUUGGGGUCAUUGCUCUGUGAGAUGGAUGGUCAUCCAUUCCCCUCAGAAACCCUCAUCCUCUUCUGUCUUAGAAAGGGAAUUUGGGGUUCAGAGUCAGAGCCCAAGAUUAGAACUUUCUACAGCAACAGCACUCAGAAAUUUAGGAUGCAGGGAUGUGUGACCUGGACAAUGGUGCACUCACUAGCCUCCAUCAAGAAUUCAAACUGAGGCUUCCAGAACUCACUGGGGCCUCACAUUUCGAUCCCUGAAUUCAACCUGGAUCAUCUGGAGUGUAGGGAUCAGGCAAUCUUGAUUCAGAAUACCCCUGGUAGAAGACCUCACCUAAAACUUGACAUGAGUGUACUUCAGAACUUCCUCUCCUCAGAUGUUUCCAGAUUCUUCCCUGAGAUGUGGAGU